AUGUUCUGGCGCUUCGGCGGGUAUGCUCAGCUCUCGUCGCUGGACAGCAUCCUCGACAAGCCCGAUGUCACGGUCGAAGAGCUGCUGGACGAGUCCGAUCUGAUACAGGAGCUCAAGCAGCAGAACUCGAAGCUUAUAGAAUACCUUCGCGACGAGAAUGUCUUGGAGCGCCUGCUGCGCUAUGUCAUCGCCGCCAGGCCCAGCCCCUCCGCCGACGACGACACGGGAGGCUCGCCCGCGCACGAGGCCCGGAGUCCCAGCCGGUCUGGCUUCUUCGGCAAGGUCAGGGCUCGCUCGACGUCGACGACAAAGUCGGAUGCAGGCGACACCGAGGAGAGCAAGGAGGAGCGCCAGCGCAUGAAGUACGCCUACGUCUCGUGCGAAAUCCUCUCGUCGGAAGUAUGGUCCAUCUCCGAAGCCGUGCUCGAGAACCAGGACACGCUGCGCCAGUUCUGGGCCUACAUCAAGCAGCCCGCGCCCCUCGACCCCGUCCAGGCCGGCUACUUUACCAAAGUAAACGAGUCGCUCCUCGACCGCAAGAUGGAAGAGAUGCUCGACUUCUUCAAGUCGCUCGACAACGUGGUGCCGGAUAUGCUGCAGCACGUUGACUGUCCGGUCAUCAUGGACCUGCUGCUGAAGAUCAUCAGCCUGGAGAAGAGCGAGGGCGGCCAGGGUAUCGUCGAUUGGUUACAGCAGCAGCAUCUUGUCCCACGACUCAUCUCCUUCCUCGGCCCAGAGCAGUCCACGUCCACCCAAACCUCGGCUGGCGACUUCCUCAAAGCCAUCAUCACCAUAUCGGCGAAUGCUACAACACAGGAUCAGUCGGUGAUUGGGCCAAACGAACUCACGCGCCAGCUUGUUUCCGAGUCAUGUCUCAAGCAGUUGAUAGAUUACAUGCUCCACGGCGGCAAUCCACUCACCGUUGGCGUGGGCAUUGUUAUCGAAGUCAUCAGGAAGAACAACUCCGACUAUGAUCUCGAAAACCAAAUAGGGCCUGUCCCCAAGAACUCGGAUCCCAUUUACCUGGGAACACUACUUCGACAGUUUGCAAACCACAUUCCGCACUUCAUGGAGCUGGUCAACAGCUCAAGCCAAGUCGUGACAGAAACAGACGGUACCAUUACGAAGAAGAAGCGCGAGCUCAAGACAGCGUUUGGCGACAAGAUCGAGCCACUCGGAUUCGACCGUUUCAAGACUUGCGAGCUGAUGGCUGAGCUGCUGCACUGCAGCAACAUGGCGCUGCUCAACGAGCGGGGGAGCGAGGCUGAAGUCAGAAGGCGGGAUGCCGAGCGAGAACGUCUCAAAGCCGACGGCAAGCUUACUUCAGCCAAUCCCGCCAACCCAGGCGACUUCUCGACCAGUGUCGACAGUCAAGGCUUUCAUCAUGCGCGAGCCCCGUCAAUGGACUCAACUGCCGAAAUCAAGCCUCUGCACGUGCAAAACAGUUCCGAGGACGACUUCGAAAAGGUCAUUGCCCCAGAGGUCGCACCCGAAGACCCAAAAGAGGCGGCAAACGAAAAGGAGCAGAUUGGCGAACCAUUGGAGCCAUCGCCUAAAAUGGCACCAAGGGAUGCGCCAAAGGAGACUUCCGUUGGCAAGACGGUGGGCGACGACGGCGAAUUCGUCGAUGAGCCUCUCACACCACCCAAGGAUACUGUGGCCUCUAGUGAUACGGCUGCUUCUCCUGCAAAGCCCGCAGACGACGCCGAGUCACCUACAUCAGCAGGACUGACGGCCAAGGUGGACGAUCUUGGUUUAGACAAGGAUACUGUUAUGAACGAUCGCCAGGAGCCAGCUCAACCUGCGAAGCCCGAAAAGACCGAGACCGAUAUCAAGACGCCGCCGUCUCUUCUAACACAGCAGCUCAACCAGAGUUCAGAGUCUGGCAACCUCGAUCUACCAGAACCUCUGUCCCCCCACCCCGACGACAAGCCGGCACCGCUCUUCGCGGGUAAGAACCGCGAUACCAGCGCCUCGCCCUCCAAAAUCGACACUUCAAGAUUUACAGCACCUGUCCCAGAAUCAGAUCUUUCAGAGAUUACGCCCAUUGACGAGACUCAAAGCGUGCGGUCUGUCGUGUUCGGCAGCACAGAAGAGACUGUAGGAUUUGAGGUCGACAUUGACGGAACACCUGUCGUUGGUGAUCUAUUGAAGAUUACGUUUGUUGAGAAUAAAGUUGUCCCAACAAUACUUGACUUUUUCUUCCGUUUCCCUUGGAACAACUUUCUGCACAAUGUGGUGUAUGACGUUGUUCAGCAGGUAUUCAACGGUCAGAUGGAGCAUGGAUACAACAGGCAACUAGCCAUUGACCUUUUUGCCAACGGGCGUAUAACUGAACGAAUCAUCAAAGGCCAAGAAGAAAGUGACAAGUCUCACAAAGAAACGCACAUGCGAUUAGGAUACAUGGGCCAUCUGACCCUCAUCGCCGAAGAGGUGCUCAAGUUCACCGAGCGCCAUACCGACGAAGUCCUAUCGCCCUUGGUCCUGGAAAAGGUCCACGCCGAGGACUGGGUGCAUUACGUCGAACACGUCCUUGCAGAAACACGAGAGCGCGACAACGCCAUCCUCGGAGGAGUACGGCCCGACAUGAGCGUCGGCCCGAGACAAGCGGUGCUGAACGCCGUCAACGCAGCAAACAACUUUGGAGGCGACAGUGGGGGACUCUCCAACGCUAGCCUCGCCGGCAACGGUGCUAUAGGCCUCGACAGCAUGGAGCUCACCAACGCCGGUGACACUGGAGGUGGUGGGUACACCUUCAGCGGAGGCUCCUUGCUUAGUGGCUUUACUAACUCGAGUGACGAAGAAGACGAAGACAUGGACGAUGUCGACACCGAGAGAGAACAUCGGCAAGGCCCUGUUGACGAUUCCGAACAAGUGGGUGAAAUCUCAUUUGACGAUGCUGAUAUGGACUAUCGAUAA